AUGUACAUUGUCGCCAUUUUGGGGAACAUUGCCAUCCUGUUCAUCGUGAAGAGUGAGCCAAGACUCCAUGAGCCCAUGUACUAUUUCCUCUGCAUGCUGGCUGUCUCCGACCUGGUCCUAUCCACGUCCAUUGUGCCCAAAACACUGAGCAUCUUCUGGUUCAAUUCUAGAGAGAUCGAUUUUGGUUCUUGCUUCACCCAGAUGUACCUUGUUCACUGCUUUUUAGUGAUAGAGUCUGGGAUGUUCACAGCCAUGGCUUUUGAUCGCUACGUGGCCAUCUGUGAUCCCCUGAGACAUUCCACAAUCCUGACAAAUUCCAUUGUAGCUAAGAUCGGCUUGUCUGUGGUGCUGCGCGGCUUCAUGAUGAUACUUCCCAUUCCCAUCAUGGGGAGUCGGUGGCCAUACUGCAAAACCAACAUCGUCCCCCACACGUACUGCAAGCACUUUUCUGUGGUGUCCCUGGCCUGUGCCGACUUCCGCCCUAGUAGUUACUACAGCCUCUGUGUGACAUACCUUGUACCCAGUGUGGAUGGGUUUUUAAUAGCCGUGUCCUACAUCCAGAUCCUCAGGGCCAUCUUCCGACUGCCCACAAAGGACGCUCGGCUCAAAGCAUUUGGAACCUGCGGGUCUCAUCUCUGCGCCCUCUCAACCUUGUACAUCCCAGAUCUCUCUGUCUCCCUGAUGCAGAGGAUUGCUUCUAAUGUGCCCCUGCCUGUGCUCAUCCUCAUGGCCAAUGUGCAACUACUGAUGCUUCCCACACUACACCCCAUCAUCUAUGGGUUGAUGACAAAGCAAAUCCGGGACAGACUGUUGUGGAUAGUUACUCAGAAAAGGGCUGGCCAGAGCCAUUACCAGGCUAUCAUAUCAGUCUUAACAACAACAAAAGAUAAGAAGCAGCAGGCUGCCAGCAAAUGUCAGGAACCGGCUUUAAAAAAUGCAGCUCCUGCCCUGAGGCAAUGCCGUGAGAAACGGGGGGAUCAGUCUCGUUACAAGUCAUAG